CGUCAUAAGGAUGAUGCUCGAUGAGAGUAUCGAGGAACGAGAAGUGAACGAAUUUAUUGAAAUAACAAAAAAAAUAGGAUGGAUAAAGUUUAAAGCGUGGACGGAAGAUCGUUUCAACGCUAACUUCCAUUUUAACAACCUACACUCAUUUUAGUUUUCAUCACCGAGGCCGAACCCGACCCGUAAAAAAAAAGAUGUUUUUUUCGUAUCAAUAUCGCCCGCCCCGCGGUUUCCGAAAAGUUGCGUCCUCGAAAAAUACGAGGCCCAGGUUUCUCGCCCAAUUAUAACCUUCCUUCCCUCCCUCCUUCCAUCUCUUCCUUGCCAUUUCCGUCGCCGCCGCCCGUCGCCACCGCAGGAAGGAAGGUUCAACUCCUUUUUCCUUUCACUUUCCAUCUCCUCCAAUCCAAUGUUUCGAGAAAAUCUCCAGGAAAAUCCUUACCAUCCCCAAUAAAUUUUCGUUUCCUUGUUCGUACGAAUUGUCCGAUUUUGUUCCUUAAAAGCUCCUUCAACGACCGCCAUUAAUUCUGCUUCCUACUCGCUCGCUCACUCACUUCCCCUCGCGCGGGUUUAACUGACGGCAGAAACGGAACCCUAGGGGGGAGGAGGAAUUGGAUUCUGAUUCUCCUCCUCGAUUCUCUAAAUCCUGCCGCGCUCUCAUAAGUUUUUCAUUUCCUCCUUCCUCUUCUCUCUUUUUGUUUACCCGGCGGAGCUCCAGCGUUGCGAAUUUCUCCUUUUUUUUUCUUUUUUUUUUUUUUGUGUGGCGCUGGAGGGUCAUGGAUCUUGUAUUGGUGAGGGAGAAAGGGUUGGGAUUGUACCGGCGGAGGAAGAAAUUGCUGAUUUUGCUCGGGGUGAUUGGGGUGUCCGGUUACGGCGCGUACAAGGUCUACAACUUGCCUUGCGUCGCGAGGAGGCGACGGAAGCUGGUGAAGCUCGCCGGAGCGCUGAUCUCCGUUGCUGAGUUGGUGUCCGAUUCCGCCGAUACGGUGGGGGUCGUGUCUAGGGAUUUGAAGGAGUUUCUGCUGUCCGAUUCGGAUGAAAUCCCCAAUAGCUUGAGGCAAAUCUCCAAGCUCGCGAAAUCGGACGAGUUCUCCGAGUCGUUGACUCGGGUUUCUAAGGCGUUAACGGUGGGGAUUCUGCGUGGGUAUGAUUCCAUAUCGUGUAAGGAGAAUCGAUCUGCAGCUGGGGCCGUGGAUUCCAAUUUCAGCCACAAGCUGACUGAGAAGCUUUUCUCUGAAGCCGGGACUGGUUUCGUCUCUGUUGUGGUCGGAAGCUUUGCCAGAAAUCUGGUUCUGGGGUUCUAUGCAGCUGGUAGAGAUGGCCAAGAGAGCGAAAAGACGUCUUCUUCAGCUGAAGUCCCCGGGUGGGUUAGUGUGGUUUGUAAUGAGCAGAGUAAGGAGCUUAUAGCUGAUUGUGUACAGAAGUUUGUGAGCACUGCAGUCACUAUUUUUCUCGACAAGACGAUCCACAUCAACAGCUAUGAUCAGUUCUUUGCUGGCCUUACCAACCCGAAUCAUCGAACCAAUGUCAGAGACAUGCUGGUUGAUGUCUGCAACGGGUCCCUGGAAACCCUUGUGAAAACUUCUCAUCAUGUCUUGACAACAACAGGCUCAAGCACCGAUCCAGGGGAAUCUGCUUGUUGUUCCAUUGUUGAAAGAGAAGGUGGAAAGAAUGGAGACCUGAAAGCGGAAGAGGAUUCGUUUGAGAGCAGCGGAUGGAUGAAGCAGGUUUCGUCGACAUUGGCAGUGCCAAGUAACAGGAAGUUUGUGCUGGAUGUUACUGGAAGGGUGACAUUCGAGACGGUGAGAUCGAUUGUGGAGGUUUUGUUGUGGAAGUUGUGGGAUGGUUUGAAGAGAGGUGCUGAUGUGGUUCAUGAUGGGGUAGUGGAAAGAGGGCUUCAGGUUGUUCGAUAUGUUGGUGCUAAGUCUUCUGUUAUUGUUACCAUUUGCCUGGCAUUGUAUUUACAUGUUGUGGGCGGCGCCAGGGUGAUGUUGCCUGCUUGAAAAUGUUGUGAUUGGGAAGUCAUCUAUUGAUAUGAAACCACGUUAUUGCUAAUGAAGAUAAAACCAAGUA